UGUUGCCUCAUGGGGGGUGGGGUCCCCUGGGGGACGGCCAGCUGCACUGUCUUCCCCCACCCCACCAGUUGUCCCUCUCACCAGCUCUGCUGCCAGGAAUUCAUCUUCAGGGUCAGAAAGAUCCAUCCCUGAGAGAGAGAAGGGAAGACACCCUGCCCCACCUCCUGGAACACACAUCCCAGGGUGGAGGAUCACACGAACGAACCAACAGUUCUUCAUGUUGUGGCGACCCCCAGCCCACUUCGUUGCUACUGCAGGGGGAGCCGCACGUGGUGGUCGGGACCCACAGGUGGAGAAUCACUAUUUAUUCGUUGCCAGCCUUUCCUGGGAAACACCCAGCUCUGCUGCCAUUCACGCCAUAAUCUCUCCCUGAGCCUGGAACUCGGCAUUUCAGCAAGCUUGACUGACCAGCAAGUGCCCCCAGGAUCCACCUGUCUUUGCCACCACAGUGCUGGGAUUGCAGGGCUAAGGGGCAUCCUGUUCCUGCAGCCGGUCACCGUGACUAAGUCCCUCACCCUGACCAAGUUCCUUGGAGUGUCCUGCCAACCCAGGCUCACCAGCUCCCUCCAGCUGCUGCCCAUCAGGUCAACUGCCAGCCUCAAGCUGAACUCCAACCCCAGCUAUGAGCUCCUGGAGGCGUGACUACCUCAGGGCCAGCAGCUCAGAGCCCCUCCCAGUGGUCAUCAUUGGCAAUGGUCCUUCUGGUAUCUGCCUGUCCUACCUGCUGUCUGGCCACAUCCCCUAUGUGAAGCCAGGCACCAUCCACCCGCAUCCCCUGCUGCAGAGAAAGCUGGCCGAGGCUCCAGGGGUCUCCAUCCUGGAUCAGGACCUGGAGUACCUUUCUGAGGGCCUUGAAGGCCGAAGCCAGAGCCCUGUGGCCCUGCUCUUUGAUACCCUCCUGCGCCCUGACACAGACUUUGGAGGCAGCAUGGACUCUGUACUCUCCUGGAAGCGGCAGAAGGAGCGUGCUGUCCCUCACCUUGUCCUGGGGCGGAACCCCCCUGGGGGCGCCUGGCAUUCCAUUGAAGGUUCCAUGGUCACCUUGAGCCAAGGCCAGUGGAUGAGUCUCCCAGACCUACAGGUUAAGGACUGGAUUCGGAAGAAAUGCAGAGGUCUCCGUAACAGCAGAGCCACAGCGGGUGACAUCGCCCACUACUACAGAGACUAUGUGACCAAGAAGGGUCUAAGUCACAACUUUGUGUCUGGUGCUGUAGUCACUGCCGUGGAGCAGGCAAAUUCUGAGCAUGGCAGCCCUGAGGCCCAAGCUCCCGGCCCCCUCUUCCAAGUAAAAGGCUACUUAACUGCCAAGGACAACAGCCACCAGCCCUUCUCACUGUGGGCCCGUAACGUGGUCCUGGCCACGGGCACCUUUGACAGCCCAGCCCGGCUAGGCAUCCCAGGAGAGACCCUGCCCUUCGUCCACCAUGAGCUGUCAGCCCUGGAAGCAGCCCUGCGGGCAGGCACCAUCAAUCCAAACUCAGACCCGGUGUUGAUUGUGGGCGCUGGGCUGUCUGCAGCCGAUGCUGUCCUCUUUGCUCGCCACUACAACAUCCAGGUGAUCCAUGCCUUCCGCCGGUCUGUCCAUGACCCUGGCCUGGUGUUCAACCAGCUGCCCAAGAUGCUGUACCCUGAAUACCACAAGGUGCACCAGAUGAUGCGUGAUCAAUCCAUCUUGUCACCCAGCCCCUAUGAGGGCUACCGAAGCCUCCCUGAGCACCGGCCGCUGCUCUUCAAGGAGGAUCACCAGGCAGUGUUCCAGGACCCACAAGGGGGCCAGCAGCUCUUUGGAGUCUCCAUGGUGCUGGUCCUCAUUGGCUCCCACCCCAACCUUUCCUACCUCCCCAGGGCAGGUGCUGACUUGGUCAUAGACCCAGAUCAGCCACUGAGCCCCAAGAGGAAUCCCAUUGAUGUGGACCCCUUCACUCAUGAGAGCAUUCACCAGGAGGGCCUGUAUGCCCUGGGGCCACUGGCUGGGGACAACUUUGUGAGGUUCGUCCAGGGUGGGGCCUUGGCUGCUGCCAGCUCCCUGCUGAGGAAGGAGACCAGGAAACCACCCUAACAUCCGCAGAUGCCCUGACACCAGGCCCUGAAGAGGAGGGGCUCAUCAUAGUCCAAUGGGACAUGGGUCCAUCUAAAGAUUUCCUAUGUGGGGACCAGUCUCCCCAGCAGGAGAUGAAGACUCGAGCCUUGUGGAUGGACUGUCUGGCCCAGAGGCAUGGGGAACACAGGUUACCCCAUCCUCAAGCUAGUCAAGGCUCUAGGUGAGAGCAGUAGCCAUAGGCCAGAGACACCUGGGCCUGGGCCACCUUGAAGCUGUCAGUGUGUGCUGGAAUCAUGGGGCCAGCUGAGUGCCCAACUAGGAGGACUCCAGAUGGAACCUUUCAGAAUCAGGUCCAUAAUAAAACCAACAGUGCCUCCA